UUUUGCUUUAGUGAACUGGCCAGGCCUCUGGCGUGCUUGCAGACCAUGGAAGUGUCCAGUGGGCUUACUAUUAGAAAAGAAUCCUAUACAGAACUCAAAUAGGUGGCCCAUCUCUUCACCUCCCUGAGAAGUCUGGCUUUUUCAGCCAGGAGACUCCUUUCAAACUUCAAAAUAGGAUAGCAAAGGAUGAGGACUGUGAGAGACGGCAAACACAAACAAAAGAGGUAUUUCGCUGGCCCUGGUGACACAAUGGCGAAUCACACAUCAUUUAUGAAUCCUUCAUUUCUGGGACAAGGAUGGGUGACUUCUGAAGUAUGGCUGGCCACAACACUUCUUCCUGCAGUCCUAUACUGACACCCCAUUUAACCACGCUCUACUUCAUAGUACUCAUUGGUGGGCUGGUGGGCAUCAUCUCCAUUUUGUUCCUGCUGGUGAAAAUGAACACCCGAUCUGUAACUACCACAGUGGUUGUUAACCUGGUAGUGGUCCACAGUGUUUUUCUGCUGACAGUGCCUUUUCGCUUGACGUAUCUCAUCAAGCACACCUGGAUGUUUGGGUUGCCCUUCUGCAAAUUUGUGAGUGCCAUGCUACACAUCCACAUGUACCUUACAUUCCUAUUCUACAUGGUGAUCCUGGUCAUUAGGUACCUCAUCUUCUUCAAGUACAAAGACAAAGUGGAAUUCUACAGAAAACUGCAUGCUGUGGCUGCCAGUACUGGCAUGUGGCUGCUGGUGAUUGUCAUUGUGGUACCUGUGGUUGUUUCUCAGUAUGGAACUUACGAGGUGUAUGAUGAGCAACAUUGUUUUAAAUUCCACAAAGAACUUGAUCGAGCAUAUGUGCAAGUCAUCAACUAUAUGAUAGUCACUACUGUCAUAGCCAUUGCGGUGAUUCUCUUGGUCUUCCAGAUCUUCAUCAUUAUGUCAAUGAUGCGGAAGCUACGCCACUCCUUUCUAUCCCACCAGGAGUUCUGGGCCCAGCUUAAAAACCUAUUUUUUAUAGGAGUCAUCCUUGUUUGCUUCCUUCCCUAUCAGUUUUUUAGGAUCUAUUACUUGUACACAGUGGCAAAUUCAAGUGACUGUAACAAUACUGUUGCAUUUUAUAAUGAAAUCUUCUUGAGUGUAACAGCAAUUAGUUGCUUUGAUUUGUUGCUCUUUGUUCUUGGAGGAAGCCAUUGUAAGCAGAAGAUAAGUGACCUAUGGAAUUGCCUCUUGUGCCGUUAGUUAUAAACUACAGUAUUCAGAAUUACUUUAUUUUGGGAGUAAAAAUGGGCACAGAGAAGUAAGUAGGAAGGUGUAUUUCCUUACUUGAUUAAAAACCAUGCCUUAAUAUGGCCAAACAAGAAGACAAUAAAAUGCCAGAGCAUUCA